AUGUUCUGGUCUCCCAACGUUCGCCUCUAUCGUCAAUUUCGACGGCAUAUUGCAAAUCCCCGUCAAGUGUACAUUGAGAAAUCCAGUAUCAGGUACAAAUCUAUUAUAAAGUCACGUCGAAGGUCAUUUUCUGCUUCCGUUCCUUCUGAAACACCCGAAGUCCAAAAAUCUCGGAUAAAGGUCUCAAAGGAUGAACGUAAAGCCAUGGUGGAAACUUUUGUUAACAAGUAUAAAGCCAUGAAUGCAGGGAAAUUCCCAACUGCCUCCCAGGCUAGGAAAGAGACUGGUGGCUCUUACUAUGUUAUUAGGCAGAUCCUUCAGGAGCUGGAAUACAACUCUAAAAUGUCAUCCAUGUGCACAAAGGAUUUAAGUUCAGUGGAAAACUAUAGUACAAAGAAGAAUGUGAUGUCAACUGAAGAGUUGUCGGGCAGUUCUGUUACUUCUCAAGAUGCUCAAAAGACAAAUGAAAUUCUAGUGGGAGAAGAAUUCAUCAAGGGCAGUGAAUCUUCAACUGACGCUGCAGAAGUUUCAGGCAAUUUCUCUACAUUCGAUGCAGAUACUAGUGAAGAUGGUCAAAUCCGUAACAAGAUUUUGAUGGAGAAUCAAAAUUCUAACUACGUUGCUACUAAACCUCAUCGAGGAGUAGGAGAAGCUGAAGAAAGUAUGCAUUCACAUCCAGAGAAACCUGAGGAUAAUGUGAAAGAGGAUACAGGGUCUGAAGAUAAGUUGAAAUUUGAUGGUCUGAAGCCCAAGGCUAAGCAACGAAAGUCAUCAUGGGAGUUGUACAAAGAGCCAAGUGAAGAUGCUGAAUCUCAAGGGAAAUCAUCAGUUUGGGAAAAUUUGAAGUCUCUUGCAAAUGGAUUUCUGGGUAUAUGGAAGAAACAUUUAUAA